AUGUGGGGCGCAGGGUCGACACCAUCCCUCCAUGUCGUCCUAAAGGUCCUGAAACACGCUGCGGUCAAAGGACAAAUCCAGCUGAACCGCUGGCUCCAGAGAUCCUCCCCGGACGAGUGCAAUAAAAUUGACAUCCUGAUAUGCAACGCCUUUGACGAGAGAGGAGGAGGCGCCGUUGGCAAGUCUGACGGAGACCUGGAGAGCAUCAUUGACACUGGCAUGUCCUUCACCGGUGGCGGCGCCACCAACGGAGAGUUCAGACACCCGUGUUGUAUUACCACGUGUUGCUUCAAGAGCGCCCUCAUGGCAUGCAUUCUGACAGCUGUCUGCUUCUCCUCCGUGGCUCUAGUCAGACAGCACCUCAAGGACCUUCUGCUCUGGGUGGAGAGCUUGGACAGCCUGGUUGGAGCCUUGCUGUUCAUAGUUGGUCUGAUCAUUGUGUCCUUCCCGUUCGGCUGGGGUUACAUGGUGCUGAACGUGGCUGCGGGGUACCUCUAUGGCUUUGUGCUGGGUAUGGGACUGGUGAUGGUCGGGGUGCUCGUUGGGACCUUCGUGGCUCACCUGGUGUGUAAGAGGCUGUUGACGGACUGGGUGGUCAACAAGGUGGGGAACUCUGAGCAGCUCAGUGCUGUGAAACGGGUGGUGGAGGGGGGGAGUGGACUCAAGGUGGUGGCCUUAGCGAGACUCACGCCCAUACCGUUUGGACUCCAGAAUGCAGUGUUUUCAGUGAGUAUGGUUGAACAUCUUGCAAGUAAAGUUUAUGCUGAUGGUUUCCCCAUUGUCUGUGCAGGUGAGAACCAGAACGUCUACACCCUAUUACCUACAUAGUAGGGCUGCACAAUUAAUGGCAUUCACAUCGAAAUUGUAAUAUUGACAUGUGCAAUACACAAAGGAAAUCCAAUAAUAAUAAUCAAUAAUAAGUACAGCAUAUCGCAAGAGGUGAUCCCAAUAAUAAAUAAUAAUAAUAAUACACAUAUCGAAGAGGGUAUCCAAUAAUAAUAAUAUAAUAUAAUCACAUAAUCGCAAGAGGGAUCACAAUAAUAAAGAAUAAUCCACAUAUCGCAAGAGGAAUCCCAAUAAUAAUAUAAUAAUACACAUAUCGCAAAGAGGGAUCCAAUAAUAUAAUAAUCACACAUAUCGCCAAGAGGAAGCCAAUCAUAAUAAUAAUAAUACACAUAUCGCAAGAAGGAACCAAUAAUAAGAAUAAUAAUAAUACACAUAUCGCAAGAGGGAUCCAAUAAUAAAAUAAUAAUAAUACACAUAUCGCAAGAGGAAUCCAAUAAUAAAUAAUAAUAAUACACAUAUCGCAGAGGAAUCAAUAAUAAUAAAAUAAUAUACACAUAUCGCAAGAGAAUCCAAUAAUAAAAUAAUAAUAAUACACAUAUCGCAAGAGGAAUCAAUAAUAAUAAUAAUAAUAUACACAUAUCGCAAGAGGGAUCCAAUAAUAUAAUAAUAAUCACACAAUCGCAAGAGGGAAUCCAUAAUAAUAAUAAUACACAUAUCGCAGGGAAUCCAAUAAUAAUAAUAAUAAUACACAUAUCGCAAGAGGAAUCCAAUAAUAAUAAUAAUAAUACACAUAUCGCAAGAGGAAUCCAAUAAUAAUAAUAAUAAUAAUAAUACACAUAUCGCAAGAGGAAUCCAAUAAUAAUAAUAAUAAUAAUACACAUAUCGCAAGAGGGAUCCAAUAAUAAUAAUAAUAAUAAUACACAUAUCGCAAGAGGAAUCCAAUAAUAAUAAUAAUAAUAAUACACAUAUCGCAAGAGGAAUCCAAUAAUAAUAAUAAUAAUAAUACACAUAUCGCAAGAGGAAUCCAAUAAUAAUAAUAAUAAUAAUAAUACACAUAUCGCAAGAGGGAUCCAUAAAUAAUAAUAAUACAACAUAUCGCAGAGGAAUCCAAUAAUAAUAAUAAUAAUAUACACAUAUCGCAAGAGGAAUCCAAUAAUAAUAAUAAUAAUAACACUAUCGCAAGAGGGAUCCAAUAAUAAUAAUAAUAAUAAUACACAUAUCGCAAGAGGAUCCAAUAAUAAUAAUAAUAAUACACAUAUCGCAAGAGGAAUCCAAUAAUAAAUAAUAAUAAUACACAUAUCGCAGAGGAAUCUAAUAAUACCACUAUCGCAAGAGGAUCCAAAAAAUAAUAAUAAUAAUACACAUAUCGCAAGAGGAAAUCCAAUAAUAAUAAUAAUAAUAAUACACAUAUCGCAAGAGGAAUCUAAUAAUACACAUAUCGCAAGAGGAAUCCAAUAAUAAUAAUAAUAAUACACAUAUCGCAAGAGGAAUCCAAUAAUAAUAAUAAUAAUAAUAAUACACAUAUUCGCAAGAGGGAUCCAUAUUGCAAUAUUUUUGAAACGCCACUCAGCUGCGUGUGAUGUUUGUUUUUAUAGUUGACUCUGUUUGUUGUAUCUCUCCCGUAUGAUGUUCUGUUCCAGAGCGACUUACAUGAGCAAUUAGGGUUAAGUGCCUUGCUCAAGGGCACAUCAACAGAUUUUUCACCUAGUCGGCUCGGGGAUUAGAACCAGCGACCUUUCGGUUACUGGCACUACGCUCUUAACCACUAAGCUACCUGCUUACAAACAAGAAUUCCACUUUGCUUCUUAAUAUAAAUCAUUCUAUAUCAAUGAUUCCAACAGUUCACCCAAGUGUUUUGAUCUAUGUCACAAGUCAAACCGCAAUAAAUAAAAUAAAUACAUCGUAAUCGAAGUAUGAAGAGAAUAGUCUGUGUUUGGGACAGAUGGCAUCUGCAAGGGGUGGCUGACCUUGUUUCUGGAGAGCCCAGUGGAUGUGCAGGCCUUUGUUCCAGCCCUGCUCCAACAUACUUGAAUGAUUCAGUUCAUCUAGCCGAGGACCUGAUGAGCAGCUGAUUUGCAGUAUCAGGUGUGUUCGAGCAGGGCUAGAACAAAAGCCUGCACUCUUAGGAGAACAAGGCCUAGCAUUCCAAAAGCCCCUGGGCAAGUGUGUAAAAACUUCACUGGCAAAUAUAGACCUAUAAGUAGUUUAGUUUGUUGAGCAAGUUAUUGACCUAUAGUAAGCUGUACCUAUAGCAGGGUUUCCCAAACUCAGUCCUCGGGACCCCAAGAGGUGCACGUUUUGGUCCCGAGGACUGAGUUUGGGGGAACGCUGGCCUAUAAUAAAUUACACUUUAGUUUGUUGAGCAAGUUAUUGACCUUUAGUAAACAACACUUCAGUUUGUUGAGCAAGUUAUUGACCUUUAGUAAACAACACUUCAGUUUGUUGAGCAAGUUAUUGACCUUUAGUAAACAACACUUCAGUUUGUUGAGCAAGUUAUUGACCUUUAGUAAACAACACUUCAGUUUGUUGAGCAAGUUAUUGACCUUUAGUAAACAACAUUUCAGUUUGUUGAGCAAGUUAUUGACCUUUAGUAAACAACACUUCAGUUUGUUGAGCAAGUUAUUGACCUUUAGUAAACAACACUUCAGUUUGUUGAGCAAGUUAUUGACCUAUAGUAAACAACACUUCAGUUUGUUGAGCAAGUUAUUGACCUUUAGUAAACAACAUUUCAGUUUGUUGAGCAAGUUAUUGACCUUUAGUAAACAACACUUCAGUUUGUUGAGCAAGUUAUUGACCUAUAGUAAACAACAUUUCAGUUUGUUGAGCAAGUUAUUGACCUUUAGUAAACAACACUUCAGUUUGUUGAGCAAGUUAUUGACCUUUAGUAAACAACACUUCAGUUUGUUGAGCAAGUUAUUGACCUAUAGUAAACAACAUUUCAGUUUGUUGAGCAAGUUAUUGACCCUUUAGUAAACAACACUUCAGUUUGUUGAGCAAGUUAUUGACCUUUAGUAAACAACACUUCAGUUUGUUGAGCAAGUUAUUGACCUAUAGUAAACAACAUUUCAGUUUGUUGAGCAAGUUAUUGACCUUUAGUAAACAACACUUCAGUUUGUUGAGCAAGUUAUUGACCUUUAGUAAACAACACUUCAGUUUGUUGAGCAAGUUAUUGACCUUUAGUAAACAACACUUCAGUUUGUUGAGCAAGUUAUUGACCUAUAGUAAACUAUACACACUAGGCUAGGGGUGUGCAGAGUACUGGGAAAAAAUGAGUUUUGUAACGGAUAUGGAGACACUUCCGAAUAUGAUUAUGACAAGUAUUUAUAUUUAUCUGUGAUCGGGGAGAAAAAUAAUUUCCAGCUGCAUCUCUCUUUCACUCAGACAGCAUGAAGUGCUCCAAACAACUAUUGGCUAGUUCUUCUGUCUUCAAUUAAAUGGGCGGGAUAUCGGUUAAGACUGCUGCAAUGAUUGGAUUAGAACAAGCCGCACGGCUGUUUCACUCACAGUCACUGUCUCCUCAAUCAGUCACUCACCUCAGGGCACAAGGCUCCCCUUCUCCAAACCUCAUGUAUGAAUCAGAAUUCGUAGCUAGUCAUUGUUAUUUAAUCUAGUUAUUUCCUGUCUACUUGUUUUAGGCCAUAUGGUUGUUUUAGUCUCUACUUGGCUGAGGCCAUAUGGUUGUUUUAGUCUAUACUUGGCUGAGGCCAUAUGGUUGUUUUAGUCUCUACUUGGCUGAGGCCAUAUGGUUGUUUUAGUCUCUACUUGGCUGAGGCCAUAUGGUUGUUUUAGUCUCUACUUGGCUGAGGCCAUAUGGUUGUUUUAGUCGGUCUACUUGGCUGAGGCCAUAUGGGUCAAUACAGGUCUGAGUCAUAUGAGUCAAUACAGGUCUAAGAUUGAAUCAUACUACACUGGCUCUGACGCUCGUCGGAUGUGGCAGGGCUUGAAAACUAUUACAGACUACAAAGGGAAGCACAGCCGCGAGCUGCCCAGUGACACAAGCCUACCAGACGAGCUAAACCACUUCUAUGCUCGCUUCGAGGCAAGCAACACUGAAGCAUGCAUGAGAGCACCAGCUGUUCCGGACGACUAUGUGAUCACGCUCUCCGUAGCCGAUGUGAGUAAGACUUUUAAGCAGGUCAACAUUCACAAGGCCGCAGGGCCAGACGGAUUACCAGGACGUGUACUCCGAGCAUGUGCUGACCAACUGGCAAGUGUCUUCACUGACAUUUUCAACAUGUCCCUGACUGAGUCUGUAAUACCAACAUGUUUCAAGCAGACCACCAUAGUCCCCGUGCCCAAGAACUCUAAGAUAACCUGCCUAAAUGACUACCGACCCGUGGCACUGACGUCUGUAGCCAUGAAGUGCUUUGAAAGACUGGUCAUGGCUCACAUCAACAGCAUAAUCCCAGAAACCCUAGACCCACUCCAAUUUGCAUACCGCCCCAACAGAUCCACAGAUGAUGCAAUCUCUAUCGCACUCCACACUGCCCUUUCCCACCUGGACAAGAGGAACACCUACGUGAGAAUGCUAUUCGUUGACUACAGCUCAGCAUUCAACACCAUAGUGCCCUCAAAGCUCAUCACUAAGCUAAGGAUCCUGGGACUAAACACCUCCCUCUGCAACUGGAUCCUGGACUUCCUGACGGGCCGCCCCCAGGUGGUAAGGGUAGGUAACAACACAUCUGCCACACUGAUCCUCAACACGGGGGCCCCUCAGGGGUGCGUGCUCAGUCCCCUCCUGUACUCUCUGUUCACCCAUGACUGCAUGGCCAGGCACGACUCCAACACCAUCAUUAAGUUUGCCGACGACACAACAGUGGUAGGCCUGAUCACCGACAACGAUGAGACAGCCUAUAGGGAGGAGGUCAGAGAUCUGGCCGUGUGGUGCCAGGACAACAACCUCUCCCUCAACGUGACCAAGACAAAGGAGAUGAUUGUGGACUACAGGAAAAAAAAGAGGAAUGAGCACGCCCCCACUCUCAUCGACGGGGCUGUAGUGGAACAGGUUGAGAGCUUCAAGUUCCUUGGUGUCCACAUCACCAACGAACUAUCAUGGUCCAAACACACCAAGACAGUCGUGAAGAGGGCACGACAAAGCCUAUUCCCCCUCAGGAGACUAAAAAGAUUUGGCAUGGGUCCUCAGAUCCUCAAAAAAUUCUACAGCUGCACCAUCGAGAGCAUCCUGACUGGUUGCAUCACCGCCUGGUAUGGCAACUGCUUGGCCUCUGACCGCAAGGCACUACAGAGGGUAGUGCGUACGGCCCAGUACAUCACAGGGGCAAAGCUCCCUGCCAUCCAGGACCUCUAUACCAGGCGGUGUCAGAGGAAGGCCCUCAAAAUUGUCAAAGACUCCAGUCACCCUAGUCAUAGACUGUUCUCUCUGCUACCGCACGGCAAGCGGUACCGGAGUGCCAAGUCUAGGUCCAAAAGACUUCUCAACAGCUUCUACCCCCAAGCCAUAAGACUCCUGAACAGCUAAUCAUGGCUACCCGGACUACUUGCACUGCCCCCCCACCCCAUACUUUUUACGCUGCUGCUACUCUGUUAAGUAUUUAUGCAUAGUCACUUUAACUCUACCCACAUGUACAUAUUACCUCAACUACCUCAACUAGCCGGUGCCCCCGCACAUUGACUAUGCAACGGUACCCCCCUGUAUAUAUAGCCUCCCUACUGUCACUUUAUUCUAUUGUAUAUAUAGCCUCCCUACUGUCACUUUAUUUUUACUUCUGCUCUUUUUUUCUCAACACUUUUUUUGUUGUUGUUUUAUUCUUACUUUUUUUGUUUAAAAUAAAUGCACUGUUGGUUAAGGGCUGUAAGUAAGCAUUUCACUGUAAUGUCUGCACCUGUUGUAUUCGGCGCAUGUGACCAAUAAAAUUUUAUUUGAUUUGAUUUGAUAUGGUUGUUUUAGUCUCUACUUGGCUGAGGCCAUAUGGUUGUUUUAGUCUCUACUUGGCUGAGGUCAUAUGGUUGUUUUAGUCUCUACUUGGCUGAGGCCAUAUGGUUGUUUUAGUGUCUACUUGGCUGAGACCAUAUGGUUGUUUUAGUCUCUACUUGGCUGAGGCCGUAUGGUUGUUUUAGUCUCUACUUGGCUGAGGCCAUAUGGUUGUUUUAGUCUCUACUUGGCUGAGGCCGUAUGGUUGUUUUAGUCUCUACUUGGCUGAGGCCGUAUGGUUGUUUUAGUCUCUACUUGGCUGAGACCAUAUGGUUGUUUUAGUCUCUACUUGGCUGAGGCCAUAUGGUUGUUUUAGUGUCUACUUGGCUGAGGCCAUAUGGUUGUUUUAGUCUCUACUUGGCUGAGGCCAUAUGGUUGUUUUAGUCUCUACUUGGCUGAGACCAUAUGGUUGUUUUAGUCUCUACUUGGCUGAAGCCGUAUGGUUGUUUUAGUCUCUACUUGGCUGAGGCCGUAUGGUUGUUUUAGUCUCUACUUGGCUGAGGCCGUAUGGUUGUUUUAGUCUCUACUUGGCUGAGGCCAUAUGGUUGUUUUAGUCUCUACUUGGCUGAAGCCGUAUGGUUGUUUUAGUCUCUACUUGGCUGAGGCCGUAUGGUUGUUUUAGUCUCUACUUGGCUGAGACCAUAUGGUUGUUUUAGUCUCUACUUGGCUGAGGCCAUAUGGUUGUUUUAGUCGGUCUACUUGGCUGAGGCCAUAUGGUUGUUUUAGUCUCUACUUGGCUGAGGCCAUAUGGUUGUUUUAGUCUCUACUUGGCUGAGGUCAUAUGGUUGUUUUAGUCUCUACUUGGCUGAGGCCAUAUGGUUGUUUUAGUGUCUACUUGGCUGAGACCAUAUGGUUGUUUUAGUCUCUACUUGGCUGAGGCCGUAUGGUUGUUUUAGUCUCUACUUGGCUGAGGCCAUAUGGUUGUUUUAGUCUCUACUUGGCUGAGGCCGUAUGGUUGUUUUAGUCUCUACUUGGCUGAGGCCGUAUGGUUGUUUUAGUCUCUACUUGGCUGAGGCCAUAUGGUUGUUUUAGUCUCUACUUGGCUGAGGCCAUAUGGUUGUUUUAGUCUCUACUUGGCUGAGGCCAUAUGGUUGUUUUAGUCUCUACUUGGCUGAGACCAUAUGGUUGUUUUAGUCUCUACUUGGCUGAGGCCGUAUGGUUGUUUUAGUCUCUACUUGGCUGAGGCCAUAUGGUUGUUUUAGUGUCUACCUGGCUGAGGCCAUAUGGUUAUUUUAGUCUCUACUUGGCUGAGGCCAUAUGGUUGUUUUAGUCUCUACUUGGCUGAGGCCAUAUGGUUGUUUUAGUCUCUACUUGGCUGAGGCCAUAUGGUUGUUUUAGUCUCUACUUGGCUGAGACCAUAUGGUUGUUUUAGUCUCUACUUGGCUGAGGCCGUAUGGUUGUUUUAGUCUCUACUUGGCUGAGGCCGUAUGGUUGUUUUAGUCUCUACUUGGCUGAGGCCGUAUGGUUGUUUUAGUCUCUACUUGGCUGAGGCCGUAUGGUUGUUUUAGUCUCUACUUGGCUGAGACCAUAUGGUUGUUUUAGUCUCUACUUGGCUGAGGCCAUAUGGUUGUUUUAGUCUCUACUUGGCUGAGGCCAUAUGGUUGUUUUAGUCUCUACUUGGCUGAGACCAUAUGGUUGUUUUAGUCUCAACUUGGCUGAGGCCAUAUGGUUGUUUUAGUGUCUACUUGGCUGAGGCCAUAUGGUUGUUUUAGUCUCUACUUGGCUGAGGCCAUAUGGUUGUUUUAGUCUCUACUUGGCUGAGGCCAUAUGGUUGUUUUAGUCUCUACUUGGCUGAGGCCAUAUGGUUGUUUUAGUCUCUACUUGGCUGAGGCCAUAUGGUUGUUUUAGUCUCUACUUGGCUGAGGCCAUAUGGUUGUUUUAGUCUCUACUUGGCUGAGGCCAUAUGGUUGUUUUAGUCGGUCUACCUGGCUGAGGCCAUAUGGUUGUUUUAGUCUCUACUUGGCUGAGGCCAUAUGGUUGUUUUAGUCUCUACUUGGCUGAGGCCAUAUGGUUGUUUUAGUCUCUACUUGGCUGAGGCCAUAUGGUUGUUUUAGUCUCUACUUGGCUGAGGCCUUCUAAUCAUUGAGUCAUUGCUCUCUCAGGCAGACCAGAUGUUAGGUCGAGGAUGGGUACAUUGUUUUGAUAGGCCGGUUCAGUAGAUCAUAUUUUCAUGUCCUGGAUACUGGGAGAAGAGUGACCUAAUACAUUGAUGAUAGGCCUGUAAUGGUGGCUUUGAUCGACUACGGCUGUUAUGAAAGAGGGAGCAUUUUGGUUCGAUAGUGCCUUCACUGUGACCGUACAGAUGAUCUUGCUUACUGGCCAAAGAUUGACAGUUUGAUUGUCCAAAUGCAACCUGCAACUAUUAUUAACUUGAAUCAACUACUAGGUUACAUUUUUGAUUGGUGUGGCUUAAGGUAGUGAUUGUUGUUGCAUGUCAGAGUGGCUUUCUUAGCAUAAUGCAGUUGCAAAAUAGGUAGCAUUUAUUUUUGGGAUAGUACCCCCUAACCUUACAGACCCAGGAGCGUCAGUUUCAUUUAGUCUAUCAGGAGUCCACGCGGCCUACAGCAUCAAACAGAUAUUCACUUGGAACCAGGUGGCAGGUAGCUUAGUGGUUAAGAGCGUUGUGCCAGUAACCGAAAGGUCGCUGGUUCUAAUCCCCGAGCCGACUAGGUGAAAAAUCUGUCGAUGUGCCCUCGAGCAAGGCACUUAACCCUAAUUGCUCCUGUAAGUCGCUCUGGAUAAGAGCGUCUGCUAAAUGACUAAAAUGUAAAUGUUACGGGUUGGGUGGCUUAAGAUGGUUACAAAGUUGCUGGUAAUGAUGUUGGCGAUGCCACUUCUAAAAUCAAAGUUAUAGUUUGCUAACAGUUUAGCUAAACAAUAACAUCUCAAGCAUCAUCUACUGUUGAACUAGACAAUGUUUUUGUCAUUCAUGACCAGCUUACGCUGCUGUAGAACUCAAGCAACACACGUAGAAAAACGACAUACCAUCCCAAAAAAGUCAUUUGAAAACUAUUUAAAUGUGCUCUGAAAUCGAUAUUCUGCCAUAGUAAAUGCUGUCACAUUGGUUUGUGGGUGAUGAGCGAGCCAGACUGAGCCGAACAGCCAAUAAGGGGUUUGCGACAGUGUUUGCACUGCCACCCUACUGUUAAUAAUUUAUGUAGUUCAGACAAUAAAUGUACAGUGCCUUCAGAAAGUUAUUCACUCCCUUUGACUUUUUCCACAUUUUGUUGUGUUACAGCCUGAAUUUAAAAUGGAUUAAAUUGAGAUUGUGUCACUGGCCGACACACAAUAACCCAUGAUGUCAAAAUUAAUAACAAAUUAAAAGCUGAGGUCUUGAGUCAAUAAGUAUUCAACCCCUAAAUAAAGCCUAAAUAAGUUCAGGAGUAAAAAUGUGCUUACCAAAUCCCAUAAUAAGUUGCAUGGACUCACUCUGUGUGCAAUAAUAGUGUUUAACAUUAUUUUUUAAUGACUACCUCAUCUCUGAACUCCACACAUACAAUUAUUUGUAAGGUCCCUCAGUCGAGCAGUGAAUUUCAAACACCGAUUCAACCACAAAGAAGGGCACCUAUUGGUAAAUGGGUAAAAAAUAAAGCAGACAUUGAAUAUCCCUUUGAGCGUGGUGAAGUUAUUAAUUACACUUUGGAUGGUGUAUCAAUACACCCAGUCACCACAAAGAUACAGGCGUCCUUCCUAACUCAGUUGCCGGAGAGGAAUGAAAGCGCUCAGGGAUUUCACCAUGAGGUCGAUGGUGACAUUAAAACAGCUAGCGUUUUUAAAUGGAUGUGAUUGGAGAAACUUUCUUGAUCCAUCCUCAGUUAACUUUUUGUCCUGAAUACAAAGCGUUAUGUUUGGGGCAAAUCCAACACAACACAUCACAGAGUACCACUCUUCAUAUUUUCAAGCAUGGUGGUGGCUGCUGCAUCAUGUUAUGGGUAUGCUUGUCAUCGGCAAGGACUAGGGAGUUUUUUUAUUUUUAUAAAAAUAAACGGAAUAGAGCUAAGCACAGGCAAAAUCCUAGAGGAAACCCUGGUUCAGUCUGCUUUCCAACAGACACUGGGAGACAAAUUCACCUUUCAGCAGGACAAUAACCUAAAACACAAGGCCAAAUCUACACUGGAGUUGGUUACCAAGACGACAUUGAAUGUUCCUGAGUUGCCUAGUUACAGUUUUGACUUAAAUCGGCUUGAACAUCUAUGGCAUGAUUUGAAAUGUCUGUCUAGCAAUGAUUAACAACCAACUUGACAGAGGUUGAAUAAUUUUUUCAAUAAUAUUGUACAAUCCAUGUGUGCAAAGAUCUUAGAGACUUACCCAUAAAGACUCACAGCUUUAAUCGCUGCCAAAGGUGAUUCUAACAUGUAUUGACUCAGGGGUGUGAAUACUUAUGUAAAUGAGAUAUGUAUUUCAUUUUUAAAUGAGCAAAAAUGUCUAAAAACAUGUUUUCACUUUGUGAUUAUGGGGUAUUUUGUGUAGACGGGUGAGAGAGAAAAAGACAAAUGUAAUCCAUUUUGAAUUCGGGCUGUAACACAACAAAAUGUGGAUUAAGUCGGGGGGUAUGAAUACUUUCUGAAGGCGCUGUCCUCCAGUAUUUCACAGUAGUUAGUUAUUAUAUUUUCAUACACCAGAUACCUUUUCCUGGAUGGGUGACUUGUCCCAAAUUUAACCCUAUUCAUUAUAAAAGUGUGAGUGAGUGAGUUGUAUAGGAUUGUAGCUUCCAUUUGACGUAAACCAGUCAGCAGCCAGCAGCCAGUGAGUGCAUACUUUUUUCAUACUGGCCCCCUGUGGGAAUCGAACCCACAACCCUGGCGUUGCAAGCACCAUGCUCUACCAACUGAGCUACACGGGGGCAUGUAUAGGUCUACAAAGGGCCUAAAAUGGCUGCUUUCAUUGUGAUAAUGUUUUGGUGAUACAAAUGCAAAAGAAAUGCCAAACAUUCUUCAUGAAGUUACUGUGAGAAUUGCCAGAAGAAUGUGAGAUAGAUACCCAAAAAAUAUUUCUGGCCUACGCUUUGUGAACACAGGCCCUGGCGUCAUGGGUGGGACAUUUAUAACCACUGGACAGGGAACUUCCCCAAUAGUCCAACGUUCCUAAAUGGCCCACCCUAUUCCCUGAAUAUAGUGCACUACUUUGGACCAGGAGAAUCGGCACCCUAUUCCCUAUAUAGUGCACUACUUUAGACCAGAGAAAUGGCACCCUAUUCCCAUAUAUAGUGCACUACUUUUAGACCAGAGAAUGGCACCCCUAUUCCCUUAUAUAGUGCACUACCUUUAGGACCAGAGAAUGGACCCUAUUCCCUAUAUAGUGCACUACUUUUAGACCAGAGAAGGGACCCUAUUCCCUAUAUAAGUGCACUACUUUAGAACCAGAGAAUGGCCACCCUUUCCCUAUUAUAGUGCACUCCUUUAGACCAUGAGAAUUGGCACCCUAUUCCUAUAUAGUGCACUACUUUAGACCAGAGAAUGGCACCCUAUUCCCUAUAUAGUGCACUACUUUAGCCCCCGAGAAUGGCACCCCUAUUCCCUAUAUAUUCCCUACCUAUACUUUCCAUGGUGCACUCUCCAUUUCCUCUAUAAAGUGUAUAUGUUGGACCAGAAAAUGGCUCCAUUUCCUAAAAGUGCACCAGCACAUGUGUGACACUUUUCCAUAGGUGUGGAAUUCCGGAAUCUUGCCAGAUUCUACAGAAAAUAUUCCUAUGCGUCCCUGGUCAAUAGUGUGCACAUAAGGUGAAAUGGGCUUCUGUUAAAGUUAGUGUACAAGCUAAGAAUAGGUUCUUCUGGUCUAAAGUAUGUAAUAUGCAAUAGGUCAUUCUGGUCAAAGUAGUGCACUAUAUAGGGAAUAGUCAUUCUGGCUCUUAGUAAAGCUGGCUCAGUGAAUAUAAAGGACAGGAACUCAAGUGCUAACUGUCCAAGAUAGUUCUAUAGUAAAGGACCCAUUCCAUUUCAGUGGUCUAAGUAGACCAAUAUAGGGAAUAGGGUUCCAUUCUCUGGUCUAUAAGCAUGCGAAUUAUAGACUAGGUCCAUUCUUGUCCUAAUAGUAGUGCACUAUAUAGGGAAUAGGGUGCCUGGUCUAAAGUAGUGCACUAUAUAGGGAAUAGGGUGCUCUGGUCUAAAGUAGUUGUACUAUAUAGGGAAUAGGGUGCCAUUCUCUGGUCUAAAGUAGUGCACUAUAUAGGGAAUAGGGUGCCAUUCUCUGGUCUAAAGUAGUGCACUAUAUAGGGAAUAGGGUGCUCUGGUCUAAAGUAGUGUACUAUAUAGGGAAUAGGGUGCCAUUCUCUGGUCUAAAGUAGUGCACUAUAUAGGGAAUAGGGUGCCAUUCUCUGGUCUAAAGUAGUGCACUAUAUAGGGAAUAGGGUGCCAUUCUCUGGUCUAAAGUAGUGCACUAUAUAGGGAAUAGGGUGCUCUGGUCUAAAGUAGUGCACUAUAUAGGGAAUAGGGUGCUCUGGUCUAAAGUAGUGCACUAUAUAGGGAAUAGGGUGCCAUUCUCUGGUCUAAAGUAGUGCACUAUGUAGGGAAUAGGGGGCCAUUUAGGACUGUGAGGGACAUUUGAUGUAUUUCAGAAUCUAGACACUCCAUGAUCCAUUACGGUUCACAGAUCAUAGGGUCUUACAGAAAGCAGGUACAGGUCUAAAAUGGCUGCUUUCAUAAUGAUUUUCAAAAAAAAAAAUUGUUCAUGUCAAACAAUCUGAGAUACCAAAAAAUAUUAUCAACCUACGCAUGGAAUCGCCCUUGGGUGAAGUUCUGUCUGUCCAAAGGUUAUAACGUCCCUCCCAAGACACGACCGCUCUUUGACCCUCCACUCUGCCGAACACUGACACUCCCAAAUCACUCCAUUGUACAAGUUGUUUCCACUUGUAUCAUGUCUUGUUGAAGAACAGUAAAAACUAAAAUCACGCUCUUGAUCUUUAUUUUUUAGCAGAUAUAGAUGCUGCUGGUUGGAACAACAUAGACUAGUAUUUAGUCAUUAGUCCCCUAAGUCAAUUUGACCGGCUUACGUUAGUCGCUAAGUGAUAGAUUGGUUUACAACUAAACCAAUUGUAGUGUGUAGUUCAUUUAGGGAGGCCUAUCUUGCUGAGGCCAGAAGCCACUCUUCUACUGUUCCUAGGCUUUUGCAUCCCAAAUGGAACCCUAGUCCCUAUAUAGUGCACUACUUUAGACCAGGAACCAUAGGAACCAUAGGGCUCUGGUCAAAAGUAGUGCACUACAUAUGGAAUAGGGUGCCAUUCGGGACACAGACAAGGCCUCUUCCUUCCUUCCUUCCUUCCUUCCUUCCUUCCUUCCUUCCUUCCUUCCUUCCUUCCUUCCUUCCUUCCCUUCCCUUCCCUUCCCUUCCCUUCCCUUCCUUCCAGGCAUAAAGGGGGUUCCCUUCCUCCGACCUGCAGGCCCGUCUGUUUCCUGUUUCGUUGUCGAGCUGCUUGACAUUUCUAUCUUUAAUUUCUCUAAAGGAAAAGGAGCCAUGAUUCCCCAGAUGACAUCCCCUUCCCUAUAUAAUUAAUGAUUCCCCAGAUGACAUCCUCUUCCCUAUAUAAUGAAUAUGAUUCCCCAGAUGACAUCCUCUUCCCUAUAUAAUGAAUAUGAUUCCCCAGAUGACAUCCUCUUCCCUAUAUAAUUAAUGAUUCCCCAGAUGACAUCCUCUUCCCUAUAUAAUGAAUGAUUCCCCAGAUGACAUCCUCUUCCCUAUAUAAUUAAUGAUUCCCCAGAUGACAUCCUCUUCCCUAUAUAAUUAAUGAUUCCCCAGAUGACAUCCUCUUCCCUAUAUAAUUAAUGAUUCCCCAGAUGACAUCCUCUUCCCUAUAUAAUUAAUAUGAUUCCCCAGAUGACAUCCUCUUCCCUAAAUAAUUAAUAUGAUUCCCCAGAUGACAUCCCCUUCCUUAUAUUGUGUACAGGGGAUAAAGUUCUCAGUCACUGUGACAGAUUUCCAUCAUAUGGAUUGUUUAUAUAUACAGUGCAUUCGGAAAGUAUUCAGACCCCUUGACUUUUUCCACAUUUUGUUACGUUACAGCCUUAUUCUGAAAUAGAUUUUUUUUAAAUCCUCAAUCUACACAAUACCCCAUAAUGACAAAGCAAAAACAGGUUUUUAGAAAUUGUAGGAAAUGUAUUAAAGAUACAAAACUGAAACAUUACAUUUACAUAAGUAUUCAGACCCUUUACUGAGUACUUUGUUGAAGCACCUUUGGCAGCGAUUACAGCCUUGAGUCUUCUUGGGUAUGACACUACAAAGAGUUCAAUCUUGGUUUCAUCAGACCAGAGAAUCUUGUUUCUCAUGGUCUGAGAGUCCUUUAGGUGCCUUUUGGCAAACUCCAAGCGGGCUGUCAUGUGCCUUUUACUGAGCAGUGGCUUCCGUCUGGUCACACUACCAUAAAGGCCUGAUUGGUUGAGUGCUGCAGAGAUGGUUGUCUUUCUGGAAGGUUCUCCCAUCUCCACAGAGGAACUCUGGAGCUCUGUCAGAGUGACCAUUGGGUGCUUGGUCACCUCCCUGACCAAGGCCCUUCUCCCCUGAUUGCUCAGUUUGGCCGGACGGCCAGCUCCAAGAAGAGUCUUAGUGGUUCCAAACUUCUUCCAUUUAAGAUUUAAUGAUGGAGGCCACUGUGUUCCUGGGGACCUUCACUGCUGCAGAAAUGUUUUGGUACCCUUCCCCAAAUCUGUGCCUCGACACAAUCCUGUCAAUGAGCUCUACGGACAAUUCCAGGUGGACUUGAAUAGAAACAUCUCAAGGAUGAUCAAUGGAAACAGGAAUCACCUGAGCUCAAUUCCGAGACUCAUAGCAAAGGGUCUGAAUACUUACGUAAAUAAGGUAUUUCUGUUUUUUAUUUUUAAUAAAUUAGCAAACAUUUCUAAAAACCUGUUUUUGCUUUGUCAUUAAUGUGGUAUUGUGUGUAGAUUGAUGAGGGGGGGGGGGAAUUAUGUAAUCAAUUUUAGAAUAAGGCUGUGACGUAACGAUGUGGAAAAAGUGAAGGGGUCUGAAUACUUUCUGAAAGCCUAGUGUAGCACCUGUCUAUAGUGGCUGUGGAUCCAUCGUUGCUCUGACCUUUUAAUUUUUUAUUGCUAACAUAAGCUCGGCACAAACCAGCUUUUUAUAAGCAGCAUUUCAAACCCAGUCAAGACAGACCGGCAGUCUAUGUAGUGAUUUUUAAUAUAAUUUUAUCAUCAUCAUUGCAAACAUUGGCUAAGCAGGAGACAGACAGCCAGUCAAAGUAGUAGUGUUAUUUUUUUUUCUUCAGCAACUCUAUGACUAAUCGCAGUAAGGCACCGGGUCCAAAACGAACUCGCCCACAGUCAAACUCUGCUUACGGCUCCAUCCUUCGGCUUCCCAGAGGUGGAACGGCUACUCUGGCGAAUUUCAAUCAUGUAGCGUACUGUCUAUCAAAUCGUGCGGUACUCAGCAACUCGGGCUACAAUAUGGGCAGCGUAAUUAUUAAGAUUACAUCAUCACAAAUGUAAAUGUGUGGUUAAAAGGCUGAUUGCUUUGCCCCCAAUGUGAUGUGUAUAGACUACACCCUACUUCUGCCCUUAGUUAUAACAGACAGAGGUUGUAGCCCGCAUCUUAAAUCAGGCUACAAAAUGUAUUGAUUUCUAGAAUGUUCGUUGAAAUAGCCACAGGGGUUUUAUUUCUGCUGUCGAGGCUACUAGCCUACUGUUGAGGGCACCAGUCUUUUUGAGCAAAAUUAAUUUGCUUUAACCCCAGAGUUCGCUACUUUUAACCACGACCCGAUGUCACCUUAUGGAGGGCUGUGGUCUAAAGUAGUGCACUACUUCCCAUAGGGCUGUGGUCUAAAGUAGUGCACUACUUCCCAUAGGGCUGUGGUCUAAAGUAGUGCACUAUAAAGGGAAUAGGGUGUGAUUUGGGACGCGGGUUGGUUAUUAUGCCCUUGUGUUGUGUCUGGGAAGCACAUUCUGUAGAAGAGGAGGCUCCAUUUCAACGUCCCCUGACUGGUUGGUUUCCUGCUGAAGUAGCCUGCCCUAGAGAGCACUGUAUUAUAGAUAUGUAACCUAAAACGCCAUAGCCUGCCCGGCUUAGCAGAAAAAAUUAAAAGAUCAAAUAUUUCCAGCUAUGUUAUUUAGAGGGAUGCAUGCUACUUUUGACCAGGUCCCUGUGUAGUGCACUGCAUCAAAGGGUGCCAUUUGGCCACUUAGCACCCGACCCCAUCAAUCAUUAGUUUUAAUUGGGGGAUUAAAGAUAAAUGGUGAAUUUAUCAUGUGAUGUACCUGCAGGGUGCUCAGCCUGACACUGGGCCUUAUUCCAUCACAAUGGGUUAGUCCUACUGGGUCCUGACACUGGGCCUUAUUCCAUCACAAUGGGUUAGUCCUACUGGGUCCUGACACUGGGCCUUAUUCCAUCACAAUGGGUUAGUCCUACUGGGUCCUGACACUGGGCCUUAUUCCAUCACAAUGGGUUAGUCCUACUGGGGUCCUGACACUGGGCCUUAUUCCAUCACAAUGGGUUAGUCCUACUGGGUCCUGACACUGGGCCUUAUUCCAUCACAAUGGGUUAGUCCUACUGGGUCCUGACACUGGGCCUUAUUCCAUCACAAUGGGUUAGUCCUACUGGGUCCUGACACUGGGCCUUAUUCCAUCACAAUGGGUUAGUCCUACUGGGUCCUGACACUGGGCUUAUUCCAUCACAAUGGGUUAGUCCUACUGGGUCCUGACACUGGGCCUUAUUCCAUCACAAUGGGUUAGUCCUACUGGGUCCUGACACUGGGCCUUAUUCCAUCACAAUGGGUUGUCCUACUGGGUCCUGACACUGGGCCUUAUUCCAUCACAAUGGGUUAGUCCUACUGGGUCCUGACACUGGGCCUUAUUCCAUCACAAUGGGUUAGUCCUACUGGGUCCUGACACUGGGCCUUAUUCCAUCAGUCCUACUGGGUCCUGACACAUAUACAGUGAGGGAAAAAAGUAUUUGAUCCCCUGCUGAUUUUGUACGUUUGCCCACUGACAAAGACAUGAUCAGUCUAUAAUUUUAAUGGUAGGUUUAUUUGAACAGUGAGAGACAGAAUAACAACAACAAAAAUCCAGAAAAGCGCAUGUCAAAAAUGUUAGAAAUUGUUUUGCAUUUUAAUGAGGGAAACAAGUAUUUGACCCCUCUGCAAAACAUGACUUAGUACUUGGUGGCAAAACCCUUGUUGGCAAUCACAGAGGUCAGACGUUUCUUGUAGUUGGCCACCAGGUUUGCACACAUCUCAGGAGGGAUUUUGUCCCACUCCUCUUUGCAGAUCUUCUCCAAGUCAUUAAGGUUUCGAGGCUGACGUUUGGCAACUCGAACCUUCAGCUCCCUCCACAGAUUUUCUAUGGGAUUAAGGUCUGGAGACUGGCUAGGCCACUCCAGGACCUUAAUGUGCUUCUUCUUGAGCCACUCCUUUGUUGCCUUGGCCAUGUGUUUUGGGUCAUUGUCAUGCUGGAAUACCCAUCCACGACCCAUUUUCAAUGCCCUGGCUGAGGGAAGGAGGUUCUCACCCAAGAUUUGAUGGUACAUGGCCCCGUCCAUCGUCCCUUUGAUGCAGUGAAGUUGUCCUGUCCCCUUAGCAGAAAAACACCCCCAAGCAUAAUGUUUCCACCUCCAUGUUUGACGGUGGGGAUGGUGUUAUUGGGGUCAUAGGUAGCAUUCCUCCUCCUCCAAACACGGCGAGUUGAGUUGAUGCCAAAGAGCUCGAUUUUGGUCUCAUCUGAUCACAACACUUUCACCCAGUUCUCCUCUGAAUCAUUCAGAUGUUCAUUGGCAAACUUCAGACGGGCCUGUAUAUGUGCUUUCUUGAGCAGGGGGACCUUGCGGGCGCUGCAGGAUUUCAGUCCUUCACGGCGUAGUGUGUUACCAAUUGUUUUCUUGGUGACUAUGGUCCCAGCUGCCUUGAGAUCAUUGACAAGAUCCUCCCGUGUAGUUCUGGGCUGAUUCCUCACCGUUCUCAUGAUCAUUGCAACUCCACGAGGUGAGAUCUUGCAUGGAGCCCCAGGCCGAGGGAGAUUGACAGGUCUUUUGUGUUUCUUCCAUUUGCGAAUAAUCGCACCAACUGUUGUCACCUUCUCACAAAGCUGCUUGGCGAUGGUCUUGUAGCCCAUUCCAGCCUUGUGUAGGUCUACAAUCUUGUCCCUGACAUCCUUGGAGAGCUCUUUGGUCUUGGCCAUGGUGGAGAGUUUGGAAUCUGAUUGAUUGAUUGCUUCUGUGGACAGGUGUCUUUUAUACAGGUAACAAACUGAGAUUAGGAGCACUCCCUUUAAGAGUGUGCUCCUAAUCUCAGCUCGUUACCUGUAUAAAAGACACCUGGGAGCCAGAAAUCUUUCUGAUAUACAGUUGAUUUUCUGUUUGUCUCAUGCUGAAAACAUAGUUUAUUUUUUUGCCAGGGGUUAGGCCUAAGUGAUACAAAUUUGAAAUGGUCUUUUCAGCCAUGCAAUCUAUUGCUGAACUCAAAACUGAAAAGGGAAUAAACCGGGAAACUAUCUGUGGGAUUUAGGGUUUGAUUGAAUGUGAUGUUGUUAUGCUACAUACAGAAGAUGAGUCCAGGAUUCUCUGCUGUUUUUAAAUAGCCUCUAUUCAGCCCUUCCCCUAGCCACCGACUCUAUGCAGGCCCUACCCUAACCACAGCCUCUAUUCAGCCCUUCCCCUAACCACAGCCUCUAUGCAGGCCCUACCCUAACCACAGCCUCUAUUCAGCCCUUCCCCUAACCACAGCCUCUAUUCAGCCCUUCCCCUAGCCACCGACUCUAUGCAGGCCCUUCCCCUAACCACAGCCUCUAUUCAGCCCUUCCCCUAGCCACCGACUCUAUGCAGGCCCUACCCCUAGCCACCGACUCUAUGCAGGCCCUACCCCUAGCCACCGACUCUAUGCAGGCCCUACCCUAGCCACCGACUCUAUGCAGGCCCCUUACCCUAACCACAGCCUCUAUCAGCCCUUCCCCUAGCCACCAACUCUAUGUCAGGCCCUCCCCUAGCCACAGCCUCUAUUCAGCCCUUCCCCUAGCCACGACUCUAUGCAGGCCCUUCCCCACCACAGCCUCUAGUGCAGGCCCUACCCCUAGCCACAGCCUCUAUUCAGCCCUUCCCCUAGCCACCGACUCUAUCAGGCCCUUCCCCCUAACCACCAGCCGCUAUUCGCCCUUCCCCUUAGCACCGACUCUAUGCAGGCCCUACCCUAACCACAGCCUCUAUUCAGCCCUUCCCCUAACCACAGCCUCUAUUCAGCCCUACCCCUAGCCACCGACUCUAUGCAGGCCCUUCCCCUAGCCACGACUCUAUGCAGGCCCUUCCCCUAACCACAGCCUCUAUUCAGCCCCUUCCCCUAGCCACCGACUCUAUGCAGGCCUACCCUAACCACAGCCUCUAUUCAGCCCUUCCCCUAGCCACCGCCUCUAUUCAGGCCCCCUUCCCCAAUAGCCACCGCCUCUAUGCAGGCCCUUCCCCUAGCCACAGCCUCUAUUCAGCCCUUCCCCUAACCACAGCCUCUAUUCAGCCCUUCCCCUAACCACAGCCUCUAAUCAGCCCUUCCCCUAACCACAGCCUCUAUGCAGGCCCUUCCCCUAGCCACCGACUCUAUUCAGCCCUUCCCCUAGCCACCGACUCUAUGCAGGCCCUACCCUAACCACAGCCUCUAUUCAGCCCUUCCCCUAACCACAGCCUCUAUUCAGCCCUUCCCCUAGCCACCGACUCUAUGCAGGCCCUACCCCUAGCCACCGACUCUAUGCAGGCCCUUCCCCUAACCACAGCCUCUAUUCAGCCCUUCCCCUAGCCACCGACUCUAUUCAGCCCUUCCCCUAGCCACCGACUCUAUUCAGCCCUUCCCCUAGCCACAGCCUCUAUUCAGCCCUUCCCCUAGCCACCGACUCUAUGCAGGCCUUCCCCUAGCCACCGACUCUAUGCAGGCCCUACCCCUAGCCACCGACUCUAUGCAGGCCCUUCCCCUAGCCACCGACUCUAUUCAGCCCUUCCCCUAGCCACAGCCUCUAUUCAGCCCUUCCCCUAGCCACAGCCUCUAUUCAGCCCUUCCCCUAGCCACAGCCUCUAUUCAGCCCUUCCCCUAGCCACAGCCUCUAUUCAGCCCUUCCCCUAGCCACCGACUCUAUGCAGGCCCUACCCUAGCCACCGACUCUAUGCAGGCCCUACCCUAACCACAGCCUCUAUUCAGCCCUUCCCCUAGCCACAGCCUCUAUUCAGCCCUUCCCCUAACCACAGCCUCUAUUCAGCCCUUCCCCUAGCCACCGACUCUAUGCAGGCCCUUCCCCUAGCCACCGACUCUAUGCAGGCCCUACCCUAGCCACCGACUCUAUGCAGGCCCUACCCCUAACCACAGCCUCUAUGCAGCCCUUCCCCUAACCACAGCCUCUAUUCAGCCCUUCCCCUAACCACAGCCUCUAUUCAGCCCUUCCCCUAGCCACCGACUCUAUGCAGGCCCUUCCCCUAGCCACCGACUCUAUGCAGGCCCUUCCCCUAGCCACAGCCUCUAUUCAGCCCUUCCCCUAGCCACCGACUCUAUGCAGGCCCUACCCCUAACCACAGCCUCUAUUCAGCCCUUCCCCUAGCCACAGCCUCUAUUCAGGCCUUCCCCUAGCCACCGACUCUAUGCAGGCCCUACCCCUAACCACAGCCUCUAUUCAGCCCUUCCCCUAGCCACAGCCUCUAUUCAGCCCUUCCCCUAGCCACAGCCUCUAUUCAGCCCUUCCCCUAACCACAGCCUCUAUUCAGCCCUUCCCCUAACCACCGACUCUAUGCAGGCCCUUCCCCUAGCCACCGACUCUAUGCAGGCCCUACCCUAACCACAGCCUCUAUUCAGCCCUUCCCCUAGCCACCGACUCUAUGCAGGCCCUUCCCCUAGCCACCGACUCUAUGCAGGACCUACCCUAGCCACCGACUCUAUUCAGCCCUUCCCCUAGCCACCGACUCUAUGCAGGCCCUACCCUAACCACAGACUCUAUUCAGCCCUUCCCCCUAACCACCGACUCUAUGCAGGCCCUUCCCCUAGCCACCGACUCUAUGCAGGCCCUUCCCCUAGCCACCGACUCUAUGCAGGCCCUUCCCCUAACCACAGCCUCUAUGCAGCCCUUCCCCUAGCCACCGACUCUAUGCAGGCCCUUCCCCUAGCCACAGCCUCUAUUCAGCCCUACCCCUAACCACAGCCUCUAUUCAGCCCUUCCCCUAGCCACCGACUCUAUGCAGGCCCUACCCUAACCACAGCCUCUAUUCAGCCCUUCCCCUAACCACAGCCUCUAUUCAGCCCUUCCUCUAGCCACCGACUCUAUGCAGGCCCUACCCUAGCCACCGACUCUAUGCAGGCCCUACCCCUAACCACAGCCUCUAUUCAGCCCUUCCCCUAACCACAGCCUCUAUUCAGCCCUUCCCCUAACCACAGCCUCUAUUCAGCCCUUCCCCUAGCCACCGACUCUAUGCAGGCCCCUACCCUAGCCAACAGCCUCUAUUCAGCCCUUCCCCUAGCCACCGACUCUAUGCAGGCCCUACCCCUAACCACAGCCUCUAAUCAGCCCUUCCCCUAACCACAGCCUCUAUUCAGCCCUUCCCCUAACCACAGCCUCUAUUCAGCCCUUCCCCUAGCCACCGACUCUAUGCAGGCCCUACCCUAACCACAGCCUCUAUUCAGCCCUUCCCCUAGCCACCGACUCUAUGCAGGCCCUACCCCUAGCCACCGACUCUAUGCAGGCCCUACCCCUAGCCACAGCCUCUAUUCAGCCCUUCCCCUAGCCACAUUCUCUAUUCAGCCCUACCCCUAACCACAGCCUCUAUUCAGCCCUUCCCCUAACCACAGCCUCUAUUCAGCCCUUCCCCUAGCCACCGACUCUAUGCAGGCCCUACCCCUAGCCACAGCCUCUAUUCAGCCCUACCCCUAACCACAGCCUCUAUUCAGCCCUUCCCCUAACCACAGCCUCUAUUCAGCCCUUCCCCUAGCCACCGACUCUAUGCAGGCCCUACCCUAGCCACCGACUCUAUGCAGGCCCUACCCUAACCACAGCCUCUAUUCAGCCCUUCCCCUAACCACAGCCUCUAUUCAGCCCUUCCCCUAGCCACCGACUCUAUGCAGACCCUACCCUAACCACAGCCUCUAUUCAGCCCUUCCCCUAACCACAGCCUCUAUUCAGCCCUUCCCCUAGCCACCGACUCUAUGCAGGCCCUACCCCUAGCCACCGACUCUAUGCAGGCCCUACCCUAACCACAGCCUCUAUUCAGCCCUUCCCCUAACCACAGCCUCUAUUCAGCCCUUCCCCUAGCCACCGACUCUAUGCAGGCCCUACCCUAACCACAGCCUCUAUUCAGCCCUUCCCCUAACCACAGCCUCUAUUCAGCCCUUCCCCUAGCCACCGACUCUAUUCAGGCCCUACCCCUAGCCACAGCCUCUAUUCAGCCCUUCCCCUAGCCACCGACUCUAUGCAGGCCCUUCCCCUAACCACAGCCUCUAUUCAGCCCUUCCCCUAACCACCGACUCUAUGCAGGCCCUUCCCCUAACAACAGCCUCUAUUCAGCCCUUCCCCUAACCACAGCCUCUAUUCAGCCCUUCCCCUAGCCACCGACUCUAUGCAGGCCCUUCCCCUAGCCACCGACUCUAUGCAGGCCCUACCCUAACCACAGCCUCUAUUCAGCCCUUCCCCUAGCCACCGACUCUAUGCAGGCCCUACCCUAACCACAGCCUCUAUUCAGCCCUUCCCCUAACCACAGCCUCUAUUCAGCCCUUCCCCUAGCCACAGCCUCUAUUCAGCCCUUCCCCUAGCCACCGACUCUAUGCAGGCCCUACCCCUAGCCACAGCCUCUAUUCAGCCCUUCCCCUAACCACAGCCUCUAUUCAGCCCUUCCCCUAGCCACCGACUCUAUGCAGGCCCUUCCCCUAGCCACAGCCUCUAUUCAGCCCUUCCCCUAGCCACCGACUCUAUGCAGGCCCUUCCCCUAACCACAGCCUCUAUUCAGGCCCUUCCCCUAGCCACCGACUCUAUGCAGGCCCUUCCCCUAGCCACCGACUCUAUGCAGGCCCUUCCCCUAGCCACCGACUCUAUGCAGGCCCUACCCUAGCCACCGACUCUAUGCAGGCCCUACCCUAACCACAGCCUCUAUUCAGCCCUACCCCUAGCCACCGACUCUAUGCAGGCCCUACCCCUAGCCACCGACUCUAUGCAGGCCCUACCCCUAGCCACAGCCUCUAUUCAGCCCUACCCCUAGCCACAGCCUCUAUUCAGCCCUACCCCUAGCCACAGCCUCUAUUCAGCCCUUCCCCUAGCCACCGACUCUAUGCAGGCCCUACCCUAACCACAGCCUCUAUUCAGCCCUUCCCCUAGCCACCGACUCUAUGCAGGCCCUACCCUAACCACAGCCUCUAUUCAGCCCUUCCCCUAACCACAGCCUCUAUUCAGCCCUUCCCCUAGCCACCGACUCUAUGCAGGCCCUACCCUAACCACAGCCUCUAUUCAGCCCUACCCUAGCCACCGACUCUAUGCAGGCCCUACCCUAACCACAGCCUCUAUUCAGCCCUUCCCCUAGCCACCGACUCUAUGCAGGCCCUACCCUAACCACAGCCUCUAUUCAGCCCUUCCCCUAACCACAGCCUCUAUUCAGCCCUUCCCCUAGCCACAGCCUCUAUUCAGCCCUUCCCCUAGCCACCGACUCUAUGCAGGCCCUACCCCUAGCCACAGCCUCUAUUCAGCCCUUCCCCUAACCACAGCCUCUAUUCAGCCCUUCCCCUAGCCACCGACUCUAUGCAGGCCCUUCCCCUAGCCACCGACUCUAUGCAGGCCCUUCCCCUAGCCACCGACUCUAUGCAGGCCCUACCCUAGCCACCGACUCUAUGCAGGCCCUACCCUAACCACAGCCUCUAUUCAGCCCUUCCCCUAGCCACCGACUCUAUGCAGGCCCUUCCCCUAGCCACCGACUCUAUGCAGGCCCUUCCCCUAGCCACCGACUCUAUGCAGGCCCUACCCUAACCACAGCCUCUAUUCAGCCCUUCCCCUAACCACAGCCUCUAUGCAGGCCCUUCCCCUAGCCACCGACUCUAUGCAGGCCCUUCCCCUAGCCACCGACUCUAUGCAGGCCCUACCCUAACCACAGCCUCUAUUCAGCCCUACCCCUAGCCACCGACUCUAUGCAGGCCCUACCCCUAGCCACCGACUCUAUGCAGGCCCUACCCUAACCACAGCCUCUAUUCAGCCCUACCCCUAGCCACCGACUCUAUGCAGGCCCCUACCCCUAGCCACCGACUCUAUGCAGGCCCUACCCUAACCACAGCCUCUAUUCAGCCCUUCCCCUAGCCACCGACUCUAUGCAGGCCCUUCCCCUAGCCACCGACUCUAUGCAGGCCCUUCCCCUAGCCACCGACUCUAUGCAGGCCCUACCCCUAGCCACCGACUCUAUGCAGGCCCUUCCCCUAACCACAGACUCUAUUCAGCCCUUCCCCUAG